AUGAAAAAAGCACGAAGCACUCUGUUUAUAUUCGGAUCAGGUGAAUGCGGCCAGCUGCCGCCAGAGUAUUGUUCUGAUUAUGUUCAGGUAAACCCUACGGCCGUUCAGAAUCUCCCAAACGACAUUGACGAAGUCGUGUGUGGAUCAAUGCACACUAUUAUAAAAACAAAGGAAGACAAAUUAUACUCCUUUGGAUGUAAUGAUAUGGGCGUACUGGGUAGAAAAACGUAUGCAAAUAGCAUAAAAGAUCCAGAGCAUUCUCCUUCAUUGGUCAAUUUUACCUGCACAUCAAAAAUUAAAAAAAUUACAUGUGGUGAUAAUCAUACAGCUAUUUUGCUAGAAAAUGGAAAAGUAUAUAUAACCGGAGGAUUUAGAGACUCAUGUGGAAUCUUGGGUUUGCCUUCGUUUCAGAAGAAGGAUGAAAUAAUAUCCAAAUCCGAUGAGUUUAUUGAGGUAAAAUUUGGCUACGCGAGGUGUGAAAGAUUCACAGAUUUGUCGGGUAACAAUUUGGCUAGUGACAGUGUCGCUAACAGUAGUGCAUACCCAUUAGACAGCGCAGAAGAAACAGAAAAGGAUAACUUGGAAAAUGUCAAAAUUAGCAACAUCAUGUCGGGAGAAGAUCAUCUAGUAUGUCUAGAGCAGAGUGGUGAGUACAUUUUUACCAUGGGAAAUAGUGACUCAUGCCAAGUGUGUAAUACUUAUUAUGAACAAGAAGAAGCAGAAUGCAAGAGAAUAAAAUACGUAUUCCCAAAUCGUUACCAUUUUAAAGAUUUCGGAUUUACGUCAAAAUUUAAAAACAUUUAUUGUGGAGGAAAUAACACUUAUGUUCAAUUAGAAUCUUCUCUGGAUGUGUACGGCAUUGGAAGAAAUGCAUACGGUUCAUGUGGUGUGUCUAUGAAAGAUAAUGUUAUUAAAAAUUUCAUCAAAAUUAAAGAGUUAUCUUCAAAAGAAAUUAUUCAACUAUGUGGUGGUCAAAGUUUUACCAUAUGUUUACUAAAAACAAAUGAUUUAUAUAUAUGGGGAAAUAGGGAAAUAUUAGGUAUGGAAUUGGAUGAAGAUGCUUAUUCUCCAUUAGAACUAAAUUUCUUUAAAAAACAAAAUUAUAUCAUUAAAUCUAUUUCUUGUGGUACUGACCAUUGCUUAGUUUUAACUGAAAAUGGAAAACUUUUUGGAUGGGGUACUGGUGGUAAUGAUUUUGAUGAAGAUACAUGUAUUGGGACAAUUGAAAAAAAUGUACCCUCUGAAAUUAACUUCCAAAAUUUUGUUACGAAAACAUUUUCGAAAGGUAGAAUAGAUGCACUGCCAACAAUUAGCCAAAUUAAAAUUGAAUCCUUUGCAGGGGGAUCAUCUCACUGUGCUUUUAUUUCAUCACAUGUAGACUCAGAGAAAAUGUCUAUUAAGAGAGGUCAUGAUGAAAUAUAUGAUCAUGAGGAUAUAUUCAUGAAAAAACAGAGGAGGGAAAAUUAUUUCCACAUAAAGGACGAAAAUGGAACAACACUUGAGGAAGGACAAAAAGAAGAAAAAAAAAUACAUGGAAAUAAUAAGCAAACGGAAGAAUCAACAGUGGAAAAUAAUAAAGAACUCGUGCCACCAGAUAGACUUCAAGGUGAUAAAGAAGAUGAACAUAAGAAAGGAAGCUUCUUUAAGGAACUUUUUUACAAUUCAGAAACUCCAAUUAAUAGUAAACAUUUUUUACACUCUAAAGAAUUGGAAAAUAUGGACAGUGAUCUUCUAGGAACUGUUGAAAAAACUACCAUAAGUAAAGAACCACAGAAAAGAAGGCGAAGUACCAAGAGUAGCAAGCCAUACUUAAGCAAUGAAAGCCCUACUAGAAGACAACCAAGAAGGUCUUGUAAGGAAAAUAUCAGCUUAAGUGAAAAAGCACAUAGACAAUUCUACCAAAUAGUGGACACUCCAAUAUCGAAAAAGAAACGAAAAACAACUCCAUCAUCUAUGAGAAGCAUGAUCAUGAAGAUGAAGGGUGCAUCAUCAGAGAGAAAUAAAUCCACAAUGGUUGGUGUAAAAAGAAAGAGCUUAAGCAGAUCUUAUUCUAAAAAAGAUAACUCAAAACGUGAAUCUGCAUCGCAAACACCUGACGCUAAAGUUGUAAGGGGAAAAUCAUCCAACACGAGAAAUUAG